GGUUUGAACACUUUCUUGUCUUCAUUGAAUUUAAUUACAACAGAAAACAUGUCCGACCCGAGCUUUCCCGUGCCGACGUCGUUUCAAGUGUCUAAUGGUGGUAGCCAAGAGGAAGAGAAGAAAGUAGGUUACGUCAACUAUGAAGUAGAGCCUGGCUUCACCAUUCGUCUGCGUCAGAAUAUUGACCCUGCCAUGGACCCGAAGAAGCUCAGACGCAUUGUUUCGAACCGUGUUGCGGCUCAGAAGUCAAGGUGGAAGAAGCUUCAAUAUAUUGAUAAUCUAGUGACGAAAUCGAGGGACCUCCAGUGGCAGGUGAAUAUGUUGCGUUCCCAAGUAGAGAUGGCGAGUGAGCAGAAGCAAUGUCUAGAACGUGAGCAAAUGGAGCUUAAGGAGUGUAUGUCUGGCUGGCUUCACUAUUUUAUUUCCAGUCAAGGAGAGAUUGAGGCCAACACAGCGGAGAUAGAGAGGCUGAAGAAGAAAAUGGCUCGUAUGAUUUGAUUACCCCCAUGCACCUUCUUAUCACUAGUUCCACCCAAGUUUUUCAUGUGUUUCAUUUUACAGAAUGUUCCUAUUGUCAA